AAAAAGGCCCUAUAAUCCUCCCCCCACCCUUUCUGGUUAAAGCACGGCCCGUAGCGCGACCGUGAGAGAAAGUUUAAAAGCGGGCGGUUUCCUCCCCGCGUAGCCCGAGGACUGGUGGGGGUAUCUUAUCGUCCGUCUGCGCUCGGAGAAAGGUGGGGGUAACAAGCCGCCCUCUGGGGUCGAGAACACCGUGGCGCUUACCCCACCCUUCCACGGGGAGACGAAGACUUUCCAGAGAAGUCUUGGGAGUGAGCAGCAGUCAUAAAGAUCAUCAGAUAAUCAUUUCCUCAUCACCACUAGGUUAAAAAAAAAAACCAUGACUGAAUCUGCCUCUAGCACAAGUGGGCAAGAGUUUGAUGUAUUCAGUGUUAUGGACUGGAAAGAUGGAGUGGGUACAUUGCCAGGAAGUGACUUAAAGUUUCGAGUAAAUGAGUUUGGAGCCCUGGAAGUUAUAACAGAUGAGAGCGAGAUGGAAAAUGUUAAAAAAGCAACAGCUACUACGACUUGGAUGGUACCAACUGCUCAAGAAGCCCCGACCUCUCCCCCGAGCUCCAGGCCCGUAUUUCCACCUGCCUACUGGACAUCUCCACCUGGAUGUCCCACAGUUUUUUCGGAGAAGACGGGGAUGCCUUUCAGGUUGAAGGAGCCAGGGAAAGUAGAAGGGCUUCCGUUCUGUGAGAACUGUUGUCAGUACGGCAACGUAGAUGAGUGUCUUUCUGCAGGGAACUUUUGCAGCCAAAAUUGUACUCGGCAUGUCAAAGACAACAGAGAUCAGAAGGAAGAAAGGGACAUAGGAGAAGACAACGAGGAAGAAGACGCUAAGUGUAGUCGGAAGAAAAAACCAAAACUUUCUCUGAAAGCUGAUUCCAAGGAGGAUGGAGAAGAGAGAGAUGAUGAAAUGGAGAACAAACAGGAUGGAAGAAUCCUGAGGGGUUCGCAGAGAGCCCGAAGGAAAAGACGAGGUGAUUCGGCUGUAUUAAAGCAGAGUCUGCCUCCUAAAGGAAAGAAAGCCUGGUGCUGGGCAUCCUACCUGGAAGAGGAGAAGGCGGUGGCAGUGCCAGCAAAGCUGUUCAAAGAGUAUCAGUCCUUCCCAUAUAACAAAAACGGGUUUAAAGUCGGCAUGAAGUUAGAAGGCGUGGACCCUGAGCAUCAGUCCGUGUACUGCGUCCUAACUGUGGCUGAGGUGUGUGGAUACCGGGUAAAGUUGCACUUUGACGGAUAUUCAGAUUGCUAUGACUUCUGGGUAAAUGCAGACGCUCUGGACAUUCACCCAGUUGGGUGGUGUGAGAAAACUGGCCAUAAGCUCCAUCCUCCCAAAGGUUAUAAAGAAGAAGAAUUUAAUUGGCAGACUUAUCUGAAGACAUGCAAAGCUCAAGCUGCUCCCAAAUCAUUGUUUGAGAAUCAGAAUAUAACAGUGAUCCCAUCAGGCUUUCGAGUUGGAAUGAAGCUUGAAGCUGUAGACAAAAAGAACCCUGCAUUUAUCUGUGUUGCUACGGUAACAGAUAUGGUGGACAAUCGUUUCCUGGUACAUUUUGACAACUGGGAUGAGAGCUAUGACUAUUGGUGUGAAGCAUCUAGCCCACACAUUCAUCCAGUCGGCUGGUGUAAAGAACAUCGAAGAACGCUCAUCACUCCUCCAGGUUAUCCAAAUGUGAAGCAUUUUUCUUGGGAUAAAUACUUAGAAGAAACCAAUUCUUUACCUGCUCCUGCAAGAGCUUUCAAAGUGAAACCUCCACACGGAUUCCAGAAAAAAAUGAAGCUGGAGGCUGUAGACAAAAGAAACCCCAUGUUUAUUAGAGUGGCAACAGUUGCAGACACAGACGAUCACCGAAUAAAAGUUCACUUUGAUGGCUGGAACAACUGGUAUGAUUACUGGAUGGAGGCCGACUCCCCCGACAUCCACCCCGUGGGCUGGUGCUCGAAAACCGGGCAUCCUCUUCAGCCCCCUCUGAGCCCCUUAGAAUUAAUGGAAGCUUCAGAACAUGGUGGAUGCUCCACCCCGGGAUGUAAAGGGAUCGGUCACUUUAAGAGAGCAAGAAACCUGGGCCCUCAGAGUGCUGCCAACUGUCCCUACUCAGAAGUCAAUUUAAAUAAAGACCGAAUUUUCCCCGACCGCCUAAGUGGGGAGAUGCCUCCGGCUAGUCCAUCAUUUCCGAGAAGUAAAAGAAUGGAUACAAAUGAAGUCUCUUCAUCCCCUGAAAUCAGAGACCAGCAUGCUGAUGAUGUCAAAGAAGACCUUGAAGAGAGAACAGAAAAUGAAGUGAAGACACCACAUGAAGCCAGAGGUGCCCGGGAAGAGCCCAGCGUCCAGCAGGCACAGCGUCGGUCAGCUGUCUUUCUGUCCUUUAAGUCCCCAAUUCCAUGUCUGCCCUUGCGCUGGGAGCAGCAGAGCAAACUCCUGCCAACUGUAGCUGGAAUCCCUGCCAGCAAAGUGUCCAAAUGGAGCACGGACGAGGUAUCAGAAUUCAUCCAGAGCUUACCUGGGUGUGAAGAACAUGGAAAGGUAUUUAAGGAUGAACAAAUUGAUGGAGAAGCGUUUCUGCUUAUGACACAGACAGACAUUGUUAAAAUUAUGAGCAUUAAGCUGGGCCCUGCUCUCAAAAUUUUCAAUUCUAUCCUGAUGUUCAAGGCUGCAGAGAAGAACUCUCACAAUGAACUUUGAAAGUGGUGAAUUUUGAGUACCAUCAGCUUUCUGCUUUAAAGCUCAUGUUUUAUUCAAAGCACAAGGACAAUUAUAACUCCUAAGUGAGAAGUCUCCAAAACUCAACAGAGCAAUGCGAUCAGAUUAUUUAUAUUCCUCCAGAGACAAUAUGAAUUCUUACGAAAGUGCUUGAGCUUUUAACCAGGUACUGUCUAACAACAGUCAUCUUUCGGUUCUGUUCACUGAGCUAAAUUGAUCUUUGUAAAUCUUUUUGAGGCUAGGGGGUGGGAGGUGAAGGGGAACUUCAUUAUUUAUGGUUAAUGGGACAGAGUAUGAACUUUUGGCAUUUUGUAAACAUUGAUGAAUUCUCUUUCAUGUACACUGUUUCUUUUUCAGUAUUUUCAGGAAUCUUUUUAUAUAAUCAAAUUUCAACCUAAACCAAAAUAGUCAAAACCUGGCUAAGUUUAGCCAGUGGGUUGGUUAUCUGUAUUAUUAAUUCUGUGCCAUAUUUUGAAUUGCAACAUUAUGCCAAGUAUAACUUUGCAAAUCAUGAUAUUGCCUAACUGCUUGUCAUCGUUUGUUGAGGCCGAAUAGUUGUAAAAAUUACUUUUCUUUAAAUCUAUGUUUUUGCUUUUGCACGUAUUAUGAAAUGUUAAACAAAUUACUUUCACCAGCAUCUUUAUUAUAAUUACCAAAAAUGUGUAUAUAAAUAAUGGAACUGAAAAAAUAUAUGAACAUAAGUAAACUAGGUGAUGUAUUUAAGUGGCACCAGUCUCAGACACUCUGAUGCCCUGCGUGUGUUGGACUCUUGUGGAGUCCAGCGAUAUCAUGGAAUAUGCAGUUAACGUGAGUGGGGGAGGUGUUUGUAAGGAUCUUAAACUGUUUAUGAGAUUAUCUUGAGCCUCUCUAAUUGUUUGAGAUAAUGGGUGAUUUUCAGAGAUCAGUGAAGGGCUUGUCCUGUUCAUAGAAACACUAAUCCAUCAAGAGCUCUGUCUCCAAUCUUGCUCUGCUCUGCAAACCCAAAGGUUCUGCAGGGCUGGCUGAAGAGAGAGUGUAUCAGUGUCACAGAGAAGGCAAGGUGUGAGAGAGCGCCACCAGCAGACACAAAGAUUCUGAGUGCUCACAGAUCAGGGAGGUGACUUCCCAAAACAGUUAUUCAAGAACCUGCAUUGUGGAGAGAUUCCUUUCUCUGUGGGUUCUCCUCAAUGUAUAAGCAUACAGAUGCACUUUAAAUGAAAGCCCUUGAUUUCCCAUAAAAUGAUAGCUGGUAGUGUUUCUUUUGCAAGUGUGCGUUUCUGGCAAAAAGGUAAAUUAUUUUAUUGGCUUUUGGAUGUAAUUUCUAAUUUCAAGACUGAACAUUUAUUGAUGGUCUUUUUUAAAAGUAGGAAGUAAGUUUGCAGCAUGCUGUCUGAAUUCAUGGCAAGGUUCUGUGUGUCUUUAGUUGCUCUGUUUUUCCUGAUGUAGAAUUUCCUUUGAUGUCCCCUUUGGAAGUCUAUUAGCAGCCUUUUGCAUAUGUCAUCAUUAAAGGUAAAUACAGGGUCAGCGACAUCUGCAGUGUUCUGUUCAUUUCUUUGCAUGAGUCUGCUUAAACAAAUUUUUUGUUAGUUUUCAUUCCCUUUUUUUUAAGUUUUGCUAAGAAUUUGUACAUUCAAAUUGCACUUGUUAUAUCUGACAUGAAUGAAAUAAAGUCUUAAUUGC